AGUGUAUGUACAUAUGUAUGUACAUUAUUCAAUAUGUACUAAAUUGAUAUUGCAAUGGAUAUAUUGUAAAUAACGUAGCGACAAACACAAAAUUAAAUUAUUAUUGGUUGACUUUUCAUGCAACUCAUACAAUAUUGAAAAACAUUCGUCGAUAACAUUGCUUAUCUUGAGUACCUGCCAGUACUGAUAACUUGUAUUAUUUCAAUGAUACCGAGAUUCCCCACCUCUUUGUUUUUUCACCCCACCAAAGAGAAAGCGUUUUCCCCCUCCCAUCUUCGUUUUCUUCACGUAUAUGAUGUAGUAUGAAACAGUACUACGCGCACGUAUUUAUAAAGUUCUGCGCCACGUUCGAAGAGGCAUCUCGUGCUCUGUUAUCUUGGUACUGUAUUAUUUCAUGAUAUCACGAUGGUUUCGACCUUCGUGCUAUUACUGACUGCCUUAGGCGUCAUCGGCCUUCUGAAAAUCGUCUCUACCCUGCAUCGGACGUAUUUUUAUUGGAGGAAUAAAGGUAUACCUUACCUGCCAAACUCAUUAUCAUCUUUAAUAGUGUCUUGGAAAUUGCUUUUGGGCAAAAUUUCUUUUCCCGAUUAUAAUCAAUACGUAUACAAUUACUUCCCAAACGCUAAAUAUUUUGGAGCAUAUAAUUUUGGCGUUACUACCGUAUUUAUACGUGACCCUGAACUGAUUAAAGACGUAUUGGUGAAGGAUUUUGAACACUUCCCGGAUCAUCUCACUUUCCUUGAUGAAAGCGUAGAUCCGCUGAUUGGCAAGAACGUCUUCGCCUUGCGCGGAGACCGUUGGAGAGAAAUGAGGAAUACUCUGUCUCCCUCUUUCACCGCCAGCAAAAUGAAAUUCAUGUUCGAACUAAUAUCGAAGUGUUCUCACGAUUUCGUCAAUUAUCUGGUCGACCAUCCGGAGCUCUGUUAUGCAAUCGAAACGAAGGAGGCCUUCAGACGCUAUACCAAUGACGUAAUUGCUACGACAGCUUUUGGCAUAAGUGUGAAUUCCAUGAAGGAUCGAGACAAUGAAUUCUAUACAAGAGGAAUAGAGGCUACCAGUUUUACCAGUGGACUGUUAAUGACGGUUAAGUUUAUGAUUUGGCGCACAUCUCCAUGGCUUUCUAAAUUAAUGGGUAUAUCUUUUAUCCCGCCGGGUACGUCCCAAUUUUUCAAGAAGGUCGUUGGGGAAACGAUUAAAGCGCGAGAAGACCAAGAUAUCGUCAGGCCGGAUAUGAUUCACUUGCUAAUGCAGGCUCGAGACAAGGACAGUGCCAGUGUACCGAAAAUGACAUUGGACGACAUCGUUUCGCAAGCGUUCAUCUUUUUCUUCGCUGGCUUCGAUACUUCCUCGACCCUGAUGUGUUUUGUCGCUCAUGAACUGGCGGUUAAUCAAGAGGUUCAGGAUCGUCUGCGUCAAGAGGUACUGCAUCAUCUAGCCGAGGGAAACGGUGAGAUUACUUACGAAGCCCUGUCGAAGAUGUCUUACAUGGACAUGGUGGUUUCCGAGACUCUUCGAAAGUAUCCACCGCAGUUCGUCACCGAUAGACUUUGCUUUAAGAAUUACGAAUUGCCCCCAUCGCAACCAGGCUGCAAAAGUGUAAUUGUCGAACCUGGUAAUACGCUCAUGAUUCCCGUUUAUUCUUUACAUCGCGAUCCGAAAUAUUUUCCUAAUCCAGAUAAAUUCGAUCCCGAAAGAUUCAGCGAGGAGAACAAGGAGAAGAUUGUACCAUACACUUAUCUGCCAUUCGGUCACGGGCCUAGAAAGUGUAUCGGCAAUCGAUUCGCUCUUAUGGAGACGAAGAUCGUGAUAGCUCAUCUGGUACAAAAAUUUAUAUUGAAAGCUAUAGAAAAAACCAUGGAACCAGUUAUAUUUUCUAAAAAGGAAUUUGCUUUAAAACCUGUUGGCGGAUUUUGGAUUGGUUUGGAGAAGAUAGAAAUAUGAAAAAUCGAGUGCAAAGAAUAUAAUUCUACAAUAAAAUUUUCGUUGUAAAAAUAUUAUCGCGCGUUCAGCUUUAAAAUAUUCAAUUUGUUUGAAAGAUAAUUGAAGAACACAAUAGAAUUAUUUGUAAUCUGCGUAUUGCGUUAUCUUUAAAUGUACAAUCAGCAUGAUUAACUUUUUACUGGUAAAAAAUGAAGAAACCGAUAGAUAUUGCUACUUAUCUAGAUUCACGAGUCUAUUCCGUAUAAAUGGUACAUCAUUUUUAAUGACUAACGUUACUUCCACUUGUCGACCUGUGGCAUGGUAGAAAUGAUAGAAUAGAAUUGAUAUGCUUAAUUCUUGAUAUACGUGUAUAAGAACAAAUAUGUUAAUUUGUGAAUAUUGUAACAUUUGUUUUUUUGUCAGUCUUUUUUACACAUUAAAAUAUAUAAAACACAUGAAGUGAAUCAAAAUGGAAAGCGAUGAAAAUGUAAAUCAUUUAAAAAAUGCCACUUAUUGGUCAGAUAUAUGGUACUUUCCAGCCCAAUAAUAUUAUAUGGAUUUUUGUAAGUUUCUUUCUAACUCAGUAAAUUACGUUCCGAUUACUUGUAUUUCUGAUAAGUAAUUUACAUCAUUUUUUUUUCAAUUCAGGUUACUUUAAAUAAUUCAUACUUUUUAUAAUUAGUCGAAAAAUUAAGCAUUUGACGUACAUUUUUUGGCAAUGUAUAGUAAUAUCAACAAAUAAUGCAAAUACACCAAUAUAAUAAAUUAUGUAAUAGACGUAUUAUGCGUAUUAUAUGCAUGUUUAUAUUUAAAAAAUGUUUUCAACUUGAAUAUUUUUAAUUAUAUUAUUUUCUAAUACCUUAUUAUUAGUUGUAAACGUUUAUAUAUUCAUUUAUUUAACAAGUCUGUUAAUGUAAUUUUAUUUCAUGAAGAUUUCGAAUGUUAAAUCCAAUAUUUAGAAGCGCGAGAAGUAUUAUGAAUUUGGUACUGAAGUUCAUUGAAAUAUAAAAUAGAUUAAAAUA